CAUCUUUCGCUUUGCAAGCCGAGCAAGGUUGUUGCACGUGUGUCUCCGAUUUUUGGCUGGUGUGUUCGUCCUUUUAGUUUGCCAAUGGUGCUCUCUGAAAACGCAGCAAAACAUCCUACUUUAGACAUGGGUGAUCCAAAGGAACAGGCCAUUUCACCUCAUGAUGAAACAACACUGAACACACCGGGAAAUGCGUCUGUCAAUGGCGAUGUUGAACAACCUGCCAAUCCAGCUGAGGCAGUUGAUGGCGAGAUAACAACCCCUGCAAGUAAAGACCCGGAAGUGGUUCUUAUUCAGGACACAAGUUUCAUGGUUCAAAUUCAAGCUCCUGGUGUGGAACCAUUUGACAUGCCAGUGAGCUCAAUGGAAUUGGUUCAAGAGAUCCAGCAGGUGCUACAUGAUAAAGAAGAAACCUGCCAUAGAACGUGUUUCACUCUACAGCUGGAUGGUACAGUUCUUGACAACUAUGCAGAACUAAAGAGCAUUGAUGGUCUUAAUGAUGGCUCAGUCAUUAAAGUUGUUGAAGAGCCUUACACCAUGCGCGAGGCAAGGCUUCAUGUUCGACAUGUGCGGGAUUUGUUGAAGUCCGUUGACCCUACAGAUGCUUAUAAUGGUGCUGACUGCAUGUCGUUAUCUUUCCUUAAUGCAGUUACUAUGGGAGAUUUAAUGGAUAAGAAAAGGAUAAAACCAGAAAGCAUGGACUGUGUUCCUCCCGAGUUUAUAAUGCCAGGAAGCAAGGACCGGCCAUUUCUUCCCCUCCAUCCAGUCUUCAAAGAUCAGAGGGCACCUCAAUGCCUGAAGGUGCUGACAUGCAGUGGCUGGAAUCCACCACCUGGCAAUAGGAAAAUGCAUGGUGAUCUCAUGUACCUCCAUAUUGUUACCCUUGAGGAGAAAAAGUUCCAUGUGACAUCGUCAACACGCGGCUUCUUUGUAAACCAGUCCACUGAUGAAGUUUUCAACCACAAGGCUGCUCAACCCAAGCAUCUAUGCCAUUCCUUAAUUGAACUUCUAAAUCAGAUCAGUCCAAGUUUCAAAAGAAAUUUCUCAGUCCUACUGAAAAAAAGGGCCCAGAAACAUCCGUUUGAGAGAGUACCUACACCAUACCAAGUAUACAGUUGGCUUGCCCCAACCCAAGAGCACCAUGUUGAUCUCAUCCGAGCUGAAGAUUCUUUUUCAGGCAAACUGGCCAGUGAAGAACAUAUACCAGGUCAGACGAGGGACUGGAACGAGGAACUACAGACAACCCGAGAACUCCCUCGAACAAAUCUACCAGAGAGGCUGAUCAGGGAGAGGGCUGUGUUUAAAAUUCAUAGUGACUUUGUUGCUGCUGCCACUAGAGCUGCCAUGGCAGUCAUCGAUGGAAAUAUCAUGGCAAUUAACCCUGGAGAAUCUGCCAAGAUGCAGAUGUUCAUUUGGAAUAACAUCUUCUUCAGUCUUGGGUUUGAUGUAAAGGAUCACUACAAGGACUUUGGUGGCGACAGUGCUGCUUAUGCUGCCCCUGGUACUGAUCUGCAAGGUGUGAAAGCUUAUGCAAGUGUUGAUGCUGAAGGUCUUUUCACACUUGGAACUGUUGUGGUGGACUACAGGGGUUAUCGAGUGACUGCCCAGUCCAUUAUACCAGGUAUUCUGGAGCGUGAGCAAGAGCAGUCUGUUGUGUAUGGAUCAAUUGACUUCGGGAAAACUGUAGUGACAAGUGAAAAGUAUGCAGAAUUGUUAAAGAAAACUGCUGCCCAUCUCAAAAUCAGGCCACACAAAGUUCUGAAUGAGAAGGGUGAAGAAGUUGAGUUGCUGUCCUCGGUAGAGUGCAAGGGUAUCGUUGGUAAUGACAACAGACACUAUGUCCUUGAUCUGCUACGGACGUUUCCUCCGGAUGUCAAUUUCUUACCAAUGGAGGGAGAAGAGCUGAGCAAAGCUGUUAUGAAGGAAGGCUUCCCAGUGGCUCACAGGCACCGAUUGGUCUCCCUCAGACAGGAACUGAUUGAGGCAUUUGUGGAGACCAGGUACAUGGCCUUCAUCAAGAAUGCAGCCUGGCAGUUCCAACAGAUGAGACUGAAGAAGGAAGCUGACAAGAAAAAGGAAAUUGAAGAUAAGGAAAAUAGCCCAGAAGCUGUCAAAGAGGGCGAGGAUGAAAGUGUUGAAGUCGAGGAAGCCAAGAAAUUGGUCGAAGAGAUAAUUGGUGCCGAUAGUCAGUCUUUUGAAGAUAGUAGUAAGGAGAUUGUACGGGCGGCUGCUAAAGCUGUGGGAUCAUUGACAGAGAGUGCAUUUGACUUGACAUUCAACCCAGAUGUAUUCCAACCCCAUGUCAAACAUGCUGGUCAAGAUAUUGAAAAAGAUAAACAGCUUACAAAGGAUGCUGCGGAAUUCCUGCUUCUGAGUCAAAUUCCCCAACUAGUGAAGGAAUGUUUGGAGCAUCAGGUUGCCCCCAUUGAUGGCGUCACACUCACAGAAGCUUUACAUCAGCGGGGCAUCAACCUCAGAUACCUUGGAAAGUUUACAACGCUGCUGGAGGAACACACGCAGCUGGUUUACCUGCAUAGUAUAGCCGUGAGUGAACUUGUGACACGGACAGCUAAACACAUUUUCAACACGUACAUGCAAGGCGUUGAGAUGAUAAGUCUUGCCAAUGCUGUUAGCCACUUCCUCAACUGCUUCCUAGGCUCUUGUCCGUCACUUCAUGUACAAGCCAGUCCUGAAGAAAUUCGAUCUAAAAAGAAGAACAAGAAGAAGAACCAUAAAUGGCGCUGGUUGACUAGUCCUGAUAAUACUGAAUGGGCCUCUGAAACACCCAAGACAUUAUGGAAGAAAAUCUCAGAAGAAACUUCCAAAUUUUUCCUGUACAACUUGGAAUGUGACUCGGUUGACACACUCGUUGAGAAGUACAACAUCCAAAAAGCAUGUCUGCUGCGCUCAUUCUGCCAGAAAAUGGGCUUACAAAUCUUAUUCCGGGAUUACAACCUUGACAGCAAGAACAAACCUGCAUUCUCCGAAGAUGAUAUCGUGAACAUGUUCCCGAUUGUCAAACACGUACAUCCAAAGGCAUCUGAUGCCUACCAUUUCUUUACGAGUGGACAGACCAAGAUUCAGCAAGGUUUCUUGCGAGAUGGCCAUGAGUUAAUCAGUGAAGCACUCAAUUUGCUCAACAACGUCUACGGACCGAUCCAUCCAGAAAUAGCUGCCUGUAAUAAACUCCUUGCCAGACUGAACUACAUUAUGGGAGAGCAUCAAGAGGCCCUUGCGUACCAGCAGAGAGCAGUCUUGAUCAGUGAACGAGUCCUUGGCAUUGAUCAUCCUAGCACCAUCACAGAAUACGCUCACCUUGCCCUGUACUGUUUUGCCAGCACCCAGAUCAGCAGCGCCCUCAGGUUACUCUACAGAGCUCGCUACCUGGCUCUCUUGUGCAGUGGAGAAAACCACCCGGAGGUGGCUCUUAUUGAUAGCAACAUCGGGCUGAUCCUUCAUGCAGUUGGAGCGUACGAUGUGUCACUCAAGUUCUUGGAGAAGGCGUUACAACUGAAUACAUUGUUCUUUGGCGCCAACAGUUUGAAAGUUGCAAUGGGUCAUCAUCUCGUCGCGCGUGUUCAGUCAUGUCGUGGUGACUUCAGGACUGCUCUCAGUAACGAGAAAGAGGCAUACCAUGUGUACAAAGAUUUGCUUGGGGAUGAUCAUGAAAGGACCAAGGAAAGUUGUGAAUGUCUCAAGCAUUUAACGAAACAAGCUGUGGUGCUGCAAAAGAAAAUGAAUGAGAUUUAUAAAGGCGAGAAAGCAGUCGGUCUGCCCCCACUCCAGAUUCAGACCCCAUCUCUAGUCAACGUUCUUGAGACUCUCAAUGUCAUCAAUGGAAUCGUCUUUGUCCACCUCAGCCCUGAAGAUAUCGAAAAACUUCGCACCCAAGUUGUAAGUGAUCAAACAACAGCCGAGGCAGAGGAGGGGGACAAAAGCUCAGAUUCAUCAAAUUCAAAGGAUGAUUCAAGUGACUCUAGUGAUACCAUCCCUGCUAAUGAAACUGCUGACUCUCUAAAAGCACAGGCCCAUGAUGGUGAUGCACCCAUUAUAAAUGGUACCGCCAAUAAAGAUAGCAACGUAGAAGUUGAGGCUGCAAGAUAAUGAUUAGGAGUUUAGUCCAAAGCACAUGCCUGUGCUUUACCACAGAAAUACCCUGGUUGUUGGUUUUGAAUUCAGAUGGACUUAAUACCUGUGUAAAAGGUUUUUUGUGGAGACCAGUACUACUGAAGUAAGUGCACCAUGUAUGUAGCCAACUUCAUUAUCACCAGCUACCAGAAGUGGCUGCAAAAAAUGAUUCACAAGAGUGAUUUGAGUUUGAUUGUGGGCUUUUUAUUAGUAAUUAAACAUACAUGUAUAUGAGGAAAUUGGGCAUAUAUCAUGGUUAUAAUCAAAGACUGCUUCCACCAAUGAGUGUGUCUUAAGCUAUGGAUUCUCUGUUUCAAACUCAUUUAAAAACUGGUCAGAAUAUAGAACGUGGCAGUGAUUGAAAUACAACAAAUGUUGAAAAGAUGUUUCAUACUUGAAUUAAUAAUUGAUAAUAGUUAUUUAUUGAUAAAAACUUCAGAGGGAGCAGUACAAACAAUGAACAUAUGUAAGUAGAGCACCAAGAGAUGUGUUUGGAGUCCCAAGUUACUGUGUACAUGAUUGUGUGCUUACUUUGUUUUUGGAGGUCACAUUAGAUAAGUGAUAGAAACCCAGAACCCUUAGUAAUUCUCAUUGAAAUAAAAUGUUAUGAUAAUCGGACUUCUCUUUGUAUUUGGGUACUGGUCGAUUAUAUUGAAAUUUAUUAGAUGUGUUAGCCCAAUGGUGCUUUAGAAAGCCAAAAUCAAAUGUGACUAAGUCAUCACGGCAUAAUUAGAGCUCUGAAAUGUAACAGAAAAGAUGAUAAAAAUCGUUCUAGAUUGUGUAUAUGCGUGUAUUUGUUAAUAGAAAAGUAUAGAGUAUAAAAAAGGCACUGUCUUUAACCUGCACGCCUGACCCCCCCUCCCCCCCCCCCCCCCCAUGCAACUUCAGUUGCAUUGCAUACAUGUUUACAUGUAAGUUGCAUUUUUGGCAUAUGGAAUUUUCUACGAAUUCAUACAGGUUGUACAUGUGUGGUACAUAUUUAUAGCACUCCCAUCUUUGUAUCUUAGUAUCUUAAAAGCUGAUAAUUUCAAACCAUGUAGAUGAUUUAUCUUGAACUAUUAACGGUGACAAAAUAGUAUGAGCUCCCUGUUCUCCCUGUAUUUUUUCUCAAGCAUAUCUUUGUUUUCGGGGUUCUGAGGGUUAAAGGGAAUGAGCCUUACUCACCAAGUGCGAACCCCCCCCCCCCCAAUCCUAUUUGCGCAGAUGAAUAGAUGAAUGGGUAAAAAAUCAAAUUGUGUCAAAUUCACCCGAAAUUGUUGGCUCUUUCACCAAGUCCAGAUGGGCUAUCCAGUAUUUUUCCCUUGUCUGUAUUUAGUAUAGUAUGUUUUAAUUUAUGUACAAGAAUAGAUUCUAUGAGGCAUGUGUCCUUAAUAUGUUUUUUGAGCUAUGUUCUGUGGUAUAUUGCAUGUACAUUUACUUUCAUUUUGUAAGGAACAUAGGGUGGUAGUAAUAGUGGUAGUACAUUCCAUUUUAUAUAUCUUUCUCGAAUGUGAAUGUAUGAAGUCAUACUGAUGCAUGAACCAUGAUAAUUUGAAUACUCACUUGUUUGAUUUCAUCAGCUUUAUUUCUUCUGUUCCCGGGGUAUGAAAUAAAACACCCAUAACAAAUAAUUUGGUGUAUACUCAUGUAUGCAUAAAAUCAGUGCAGUGGUAGGAGGUGUAUGACUAUAAUGUCUAAUGUUAAGUCAGUGGUUAAUGGUAACCACUUUGCAAUGAUGUUCUGCUCCUGUGGUUCACUCCGUCACUGCAGUGCCACAUUAGAUGAUGCUCUCAGUGCAGCUAGAGCAUGGCCAAAGUCCCCCUUUACUCUGUGUUUCCAAUUCUUUUCUGUUUUUGUCUUCAUGUUUGCCUUCAAUAAGUUAAGAAUAGUCGUCCUCGUCCAAAGAGUGAUAUAAAAUUAUCGUAUUAUGGGCUGUCCCAAAAGGAAUAAGUGCAUGUGAAUUAUCAAAUAUUACACCGAUUAGUCUUUCAAUUGCACUAGUGAUUGCUCAAAUGUCCCAAAAAUGUUUUUACUGAGAGGCAGUGAUCUCAGUUGAUUGAUAUAUCAAAUAUAAAAGCUAUAUAAUGUGGAAGUAUAGUCUUGUACAAGGUCAAGGACCUGAUUUAUCAAACCUGAUAAGACUGGAAUCAAAACUUUCUAAAUGGAAGCUUUGCAAUGCAGAUUCUAUUGCCUUGAAAGUCGUGACUGCUCCUGACUGUUUUACAGUUAUUCAACUUUCGAAAACAUUUCGCAUAGGUGAUACUGUUGGCUUAAGAAUUUUGGUUGGUCCAGUUAGAUAGGGUUAAUGUGUGUCAUUAUCGCAUCUUAUGUAUUGGGUAAAUGUCUGGUUUGAUAUGGAUACUGUAUUAUGAGUUGUAAUAAGAUAGGAAUUGUCAUCUUCUUUUAACCUACAUGUAGGUGCACUUUAUCUAGAAGUGUGGUUUGUCUAAUCUCCAGGCUGGUUUCAUCCCCAUGGGUUUGUGCAGAAACUAGUGCUUUGUGUGAUAAAAGUAGAGUUAGUAGCACUGCUAAUCAGUCUGAAUGCAAUCUAAAAGCUGACUCCAAGUUGUUGUGUUAUGAGCAAUAAAUGAACAAAUGGAUUAAAAA